AUGUACAUUACAGCUGAGAGGUGCCUGUCUGUGUUGACGCCCCUGAAAAUACAACGCAUUGUUACUUUUGAGAGGACUGCUGUCAUACUUUUAUUUAUUUUUCUUUUGAACGUAUCGUCAUUUUUGCCGCUCUACUCUUCAGCAUACUUCAGUUGGAACUUCAACCCAAGUCAGAACAAGACUACGCUGGGCGUCUCCUUCUACUCGAACAAGCUUAUCAUCGAAGGCAUCAUUAAUCGCUUUCAGGCUUCCCUGGCAAUAAUUGCAUUCGUUCUGGUUGUCCUCUUCACUGGAAUCCUGGCCAUCAAUCUAAAGCGGAAGUCGAAGUGGAGGCGUGGAGUCACUUCCAACAAAAACCAGCAGGAGGCCCUGUCCAGCCGCGAAAGCAAGACGGUUGGUAUGAUUAUCGUGGUGGCCGUCGUCCUCAUCGUCUGCUACACGCCAGGAGUGACCUGCUCCAUCACCACGUCCUUUAUCCCAGACUUCGGCAUCACGGGCAAACAGGCCAACGUGUUCCACGCUGUCUGGUCCUUCUGCUUUCUCUUCCACGCCGUCAACUCCAGCAUUAACGUACUUCUGUAUUACAGGAUGAGUUCUAAAUAUAGAACAACUUUGAGAGAGAUUUUCCCGAUGCUAAGAAAAGAAUUGACAAACGGUACAUCACAGACGUUGGAAGUGACAAUCAACUAG